UGCAGCAAAACCGGGAAGAGAGAGAGAAAAUGAUCAAGCUAUUGCUGGUCUUCUUCUUCUUCUUCUUCUUUUAUCUAUCUCAAGGUCUCUUCCUAUCUUUCAACUCUUCUAUCCUCCCCUCUUCCUCCGCGUCCAAUCCGCCGAACCCCUCCUCAUCCGCCGCCUCGUCACAGCCGUCUAAAACGUUUCUAAAGGAAGUUCUCAAUGCAGUUGCGGCAAAGAAGCACUGGGAUCCGGAGGCGAAUCCUAGGGUUUCGUCAGUUGAGACUGAGAGUACUAUGAUUGGUGCGAUCGAGAGCUUCGAAUUCCAUCUGCGCGUCGGCGGGGCGACGCUGAUCCUGAAGUUCUCCGAGGAGACUGAAGCGUGGAGGAAGGCGGAUGAGGGGGAGGUGGAGUUUGGGCCGGAUUUGGUGGGUCUUGAUGUAGGGUCCAGGCAGGGGAUCAGGAAGUUGAGACUAGAAGGCCCGCUUGAGUUGCUUGCCAGUGGAGGCGAUGAUGUGCUUUCGGUUCAUUUGUUUUCUCUUAACAUCACCCAUCAAGGCCUAAGAAGGGUGCUUGUUGGCAAAGGCAUCACUAUUGAAGUGUAUAGUUCUGAUGAAGUCUCCCUCUUUUACCCAUAUGAUUCUGGUUUCUUACUAAAUGAAAGAUCAAGUAAACAAAAGCAGUCAAGGGACCAGUUUUGGCCCCUUGGCCUCUCCUCAUGUGCUCCAUUGGUUUCAGUCAGAGUUGCAGGUCCUGCUUCACUGGUAGCCUACAUGGUUCCUGAUGAGAAAGCUUAUGUGGAAACCUCAUUCCCAGCCCCUGAUACAAUUGAAUUGCUGCCCAAUAAGUGUUUCAGCCAUGAGCAGGUCCAGUCAGUUUCUUCACACACUCUUUCUUCAAAGUCGGCAGUCGCGGAAAGAUUGCUAAAUAGUUUUUUGGGUAAAACUAUAUUGCAUGACCGAUCUUCGCGACUCGUAAAAACAAAAAUCACUUCGUCGAAACUACUCAAGUUCCGAGUCGAAGUGGAGAGAAAUAUCACAGAGAAUGAUAGGACCUGGAAAGAGGUUGCCAAGUGGAGAACAAGGCCAACUGUGGAAAGGUCUUGGUUUGAGAUAGUUGGCAGAUUUGAAGGAGGCAGAGAUCUGAAGCCAGUUUUUGCAAGGAUGUUAUCCAGGCCUUUGAUGAUAGUUGAAUCUGCUGCCUGGAGCCAUCUGAUGUCCAAUAUAUCGUUUACAGAGUUUCCAUCUAUUGUGGUACCUCCUGAGGCUUUAACACUGGAUAUCAAAUGGUGAGAAAAUGCUGCACUUAGUGUUUUUCUUAGUCCUUUUAUCUCUAUUUUACUGGCUAGGUAUAGUUGAACGUUUGAGAGUGGGUGGAAACCUGUUUGUUGAUUGUAUAUAGAUGUGGUAGAUAAAGGCUUCGUUUGGGACGACUUUCUUACUGUUUCUUGAAAUGACUUUUUAGUACUAAAAAGCCGCUUCAAGAAGCAGUGACAAAGUCGUCCCAAACGAAGCCAAAAUCAGGUGACAUUUAUGCUUGACAUUCUGCAGGUAAUGUUAUGCAAUUGGGAAUAAUGGAUGUCAAGGACUAAAUGGGCCAUUGCUAUAAGAUAAAAUGUCAAAAUGUUAAGCUGUGGACCUAAGAAAAAAUGAUGUAGAUCAUAUAUAACUUUAUGUGAUCCAGAAAUAUGGUUUACAAUUGUAGCUAUGAGAUCAUUGUGAGCAAAGCUUAUAUUAAUGCAAGAUGUUAUUUUGUAAAUGAACAAGUUUGAGGUAUUUGACUUUUGGGUUGGAAAGGUACACUUUGGGUUA